AUGUCCAACGAAGACUAUCGUCCCGCUCUUGACGACCCUAACGCCUGGGUUCCAUACCGCUAUCAUCCUUCCAAUAUCGCUGCAAUCAUCUUGGUGGUGGCAUUUACCCUCACGACCUUUUUACACAUCUUCCAACUCUGUAGGCGGAAGACGUGGUACUUUAUACCACUCGUCAUCGGUGGUUUGUUUGAGGCAACAGGCUACAUAGGCCGCAUCCUCUCACACAACGACCUGUGGGCCCUCGGACCCUUCAUCAUGCAAUCGCUUCUCAUCCUCAUCGCGCCCGCCCUCUUCGCUGCUUCGAUAUACAUCAUACUUGGCCGCAUCAUCCUCCUCGUCGACGGCGAGCGCUACUCUCUCGUCCGACAAAAGUGGCUCACGAAAAUGUUCGUAGCGGGCGAUGUAUUCAGCUUCUUGCUCCAGGGCGCAGCUCUCCACACGGGCGAGAAACUCAUCAUCGCCGGGCUCUUCACGCAACUCUUCUUCUUCGCCUUCUUCAUCGUCAUCGCCGGCAUGUUCCACUACCGCCUUGUCAACGACAAGCCCGUGCAAAAGCAAAUCGGCCAUCAAAGACUCCCUUCCACGCAAUCCACAUCAUACGUUAAUCUUGCUGAGUUACCGUGGAAGCGCCACUUGUACAACCUGUACGCUACCAGCGGCCUCAUCAUGAUCAGGAGUGUCUUCAGGGUUAUCGAGUACUUGCAGGGUAAUGCUGGAUAUUUGCUCAGCCAUGAGAUAUUCUUGUACAUUUUUGAUGCGGUUCUUAUGCUUGCGGUCAUGUUGCUGUUUAAUUGGGUGCAUCCGAGCGAGGUCACAGAGGCUUAUCAUAAGAGGAGGACUACUGGUGAGUCGGCGGAACUGCAGCAUGUGAGGGAUGGGUAUAUGGGUCGAGGAACAAGUGUUGGCAAGGGUGAACGUGGUGCGCAGGAUGCGUAUGUUUAG